GCCAUGACUCGAUUCGAGUACUUUCACUUUCCCGAAGCUGCUCGAAUUGCUUGAUGCGAACUGUCAAAAGCAUGUGUUCGCGAUUAAAUAACAUGUAAACAAACGAAAAGCUCUGUAAAUAGCGGCCGCCAGGAUGGAUUACGAACUGCGAAAUAUCAAAGAUUUUCUCCAGCUUUACAACAAAAUCACUGACAUGUGUUUUAACUCAUGUGUGGACAACUUGUACGGUCGUGACCUAACGCGCGAGGAAAUCUCCUGUACGGAUAAUUGUGUUCUCAAGUUUACCAACGUAAAUCAGCGAUUGCUGAAGGUGUACGUCGGUGUGCAGUCCGAUAUAAAUCAGCGUAGAAUGGCCGAGGUGGAGGCACAGCAGGCGAAAAUGAUGGCCGAAGCACAGCAGCAGCAGCAGCAGCAACAACAAGAGCAGCAAGCAGCACUCCAAAGUACAGCUGAACUGACCAGCGCUCCCAGCACCACGGAUCCUACUCCAGCAUGAUAGAGAACUGUUGUCCAGUGAUUAUUUGUUAGUGAGUUAGUUUAAAAUGAGUUUCAUUAUUUAGUUGAUCGGUGAAAAUGACUAGAGUAUGUUUGAACGUUCUGUUGGGCAUCCCAGGCUCAGGGAAAACCACCUACUGCCAACAACUCGCCGUGUUACCUAGUCGAAGCUUCGAAGUUGUUCACGUGUGCUAUGACUGUUUCAUAAAGAUCGAUGAAAAUUACGACAAAUUCCGCGAUGCAAGCGGUUUGUACAAGCUACACCGUCAUAAGUUGCUAUCGCACGUUGAAAGGAUCAUACUGCACAUGAAGCGGAACGAUCAACCAAAGCUACAGGAAGUGUUGGCACGUUGGAGUGACGAGUUUGGGCAUGAGUUGAACAUUUCUACCCAAACCAUGGCAUCGGACGUUGUGUUUCUUAUCGAUGAUAAUAACUACUACAGGAGUAUGCGAACGGAAUGGCAAAAGAUUGCUAGGAAACUUUCCAUCGGCUAUUUUGAAACAUUCUUCGACCCUGCUCUUUCGAUUGCAGUGCAAAGAAAUCGAGCAAGAGCACAGCCCAUCGCUGAGGAGGUUAUUAAUCACAUGUGGAUGCGGUUAGAGAAACCUAGCGGGAAGCUCUAUGACCACGAACUAGAAGUCCUUAGAAUUCAGCAAAACGUCGACUACGACGGAAUUGUCCAACAGAUACAAUAUUGCUUUGAAAACCCAUUAAAACCUCCUACAGCACAGCCAGCAGUACAGCCUAUGAAACAAUCAACGGUUCACAAAAUAGACAUUAUUUUAAGGAAGCUUAUUUCAAAGAAGAUCGGUGAAGCGAGGGAAAGCAUGGUCUCGAGCCAACAACUUCAAUCCUACGUUAAGGUAUUGCAGGAAAGGAAGAAGUUUGUUUUGGAGCAAAUCCGGAAAUGUGAACUGAAUGUAUCGGAAGAGAUGAUGUAUAGAUAUGUAGAGGAGUUAUUCUAAACACGAAUGACAUUAAACUGUGUUUGAAACAUUCAUUAAACGACAAAACAAUUUGGACUCCAAAA